UCUUUCGCGUAUACACAGAACGACACGUCCAGCUCUGUAUCUCUUUGAGCGCCUUACAUUCUUAAAUCAUGGCGUCGCGGUUAGGUGUCCAGCCGUCACUCGACACGAUACGGGAGGUUCUGGCUGCUGCAGUCAAGUCUCCGAACCCGCCAAACCUCGUUCCCGUCUUUUCAGCGAUACCCGCCGAGUUCCUGACCCCGUCGAGCAUAUAUCUCAAAAUAUCGGCCAAGUCCAAAUCGAGAUUAUCGUUCCUUUUCGAGAGCGCUGCAACCACAGAGACAAUCGGCAGAUACAGCUUCAUUGGCGCAGACCCUCGCAAAGUCAUCAAGACAGGCCCCGGCCAUGGCGAAGAGACGGACCCGCUACCCCUCCUCGAGAAGGAGCUCGCGAAGAGCAGAGUCGCUACCGUGCCCUCGAUACAACUACCUCCCAUGACCGGUGGCGCCGUCGGAUACGUGGGCUACGAUUGCGUCAAGUACUUCGAGCCCAAGACAAGACGAGAUGACAUGAAGGACGUCCUGGGCGUGCCGGAGAGCUUCUUCAUGCUCUUCGAUACCCUGGUGGCACUGGAUCAUUUUGCGCAGGUCGUGAAGGUUAUAACAUACGUCAAAGUACCUGACAGCCUGGAUGAUCUGGAACAAGCCUACGAGGAGGCCAAGGCCACGCUUAAGAGCUAUGUGGCUAUCCUAAAAGAGAAAGACAUACCUCUGCCAGAGCAAGGGCCCAUUCAACUCGGGAACGAGUACACGUCGAAUAUCGGCCAGGAAGGGUACGAGAACCACGUGAAGAGUCUGAAGAAGCACAUCAACGUGGGCGACAUCAUCCAAGCCGUACCCUCACAGCGCUUUGCGAGACCAACGUCGCUACACCCUUUCAACAUCUACAGGAAUCUUCGGAACGUCAAUCCUUCCCCGUACCUAUUCUUUGUGGAUUGCGACGACUUCCAGAUUGUUGGCGCAAGCCCGGAGUUGUUGGUCAAGGAGGAACAGGGCAGGAUCAUCACACAUCCCAUUGCAGGCACGGUCAAGAGGGGUAAGACGCUUCAAGAAGAUGCAGCGUUGGCGCAAGAGCUGUCAAAUUCAUUGAAAGACCGGGCCGAACAUGUGAUGUUGGUGGACCUGGCACGCAAUGACGUAAACCGGGUCUGCGACCCACUGACCACGCGAGUAGACAAGUUGAUGGUGGUGCAAAAGUUUUCACAUGUGCAGCAUCUGGUUUCCGAGGUCUCAGGGGUGCUGCGACCUGGCAAGACGCGAUUCGACGCGUUCCGGUCCAUCUUUCCCGCAGGAACGGUGAGCGGUGCGCCCAAAGUGCGCGCUAUGGAGCUGAUCGCGGAGCUGGAGAGGGAGAAGCGCGGAGUCUAUGCUGGCGCGGUGGGAUACUUUGGCUACGGCAGCGUUGACGGUGAGAAAGCGACCGAGGGCGCCAUGGACACGUGCAUUGCGCUACGGACCAUGCUUGUCAAAGACGGUAUCGCCUAUCUCCAAGCAGGGGGCGGCAUAGUUUUCGACUCGGACCCGUACGAUGAGUGGAUGGAGACGAUCAAUAAACUAGGGGCAAACACGCUGUGCAUCACCUCAGCUGAAGAGAAGCAUCUGGCCGAGCAGACGGACGGCGAGGGCGGCGAGGGCAAGGCGGAGCAGAGGCCGCGUGCGCUGCAGGGCGACGCAAAGACGCGUAUCUCUCUUGCCGCCGAGUAGAGUACAGAGGCGUGUCACAGCCACACGAGGCUGGGUUAGUUGGUGUUGAUACGGGCAAAGGCCGAUUGGCACGACAACGAGGGAUGGUGGCGUUUUCUGGGCCCGGAUGGAUUGACGAGCGCGGGGAAGCGAAAUCAGUGGCUGGUUUGUGAAACGAAAUGAGCGUGAAGAGGGAGGCGGUCUGGUGGCCGGCAAGCCCUGCAGGAUUCAAGCAGACGCUAUCGCGACGUCACGGCGCCGGGGCAAACUGGCUGCUUGGUGCAAACAAGAUUGGAUUCAUUUUA